GUACACUGAGUGGGCGGUCCCGGCAGCCAAUGUGCCCAGUGCAAGGAAUUGCCUUGAGGUGCAAGUGGAUUAGUAGGUGCAUUGACUCGGACACAUUCAUGAAACGUUGCUGCAGUGCGAGUGGCUACAAUAUAACAAGAAGUGGAAGUGAAGUAUCAAAGGGACUAGCACUGAGUCGGAGGCGGAUCCUCGGCGCCUUCUCUGACGAGGACAAGUCCCCAUUGCUGGCUGCAGCGACAACCGUGUUGGGCAAGCUCGGGUUUUCCUGCAAUGGGCCGGGUCGGCACGCAAGGGCCCAAGGCGAAGAAAGCUAAACCAGGAGUCCGGCAAAGCCAGCGGCUCCGCGGAAAGCAGCGGCACUUUGCCGCCCUGAUCCUGGCCCGGGGCGGCAGCAAGGGGAUCCCGCUGAAGAACAUCAAGUUACUGGCCGGGGUUCCCCUGCUGGGCUGGGUGCUGAGGGCCGCUGUGGACUGCGGCGAGUUUGACAGCGUAUGGGUAUCAACUGAUAAUCAAGAUAUUGAAUCAGUGGCCAGGAAAUUUGGAGCACAGGUGCACCGUAGAAGCCCAGAAGUAUCAAAAGAUACAACAAGCUCUUUGGAUACGAUCCUGGAAUUCUUGGAAUACCAUAAAGAAGUAGAAGUGGUGGGCCAUCUACAGUGCACAUCCCCCUGUCUCCAUCCAAACCAUCUGAAGGAUGUGGUGAAGAUGUUGAGGGAGGAGCAAUAUGAAUCUGUCUUUUCUGUUGUAAGACGCCAUCAUUUUCGCUGGAAGGAGGUUUCUGAAGGGGAGGUCACCCAGCCUUUGAAUCUGAAUCCAGCUAAAAGGCCCCGAAGGCAAGAUUGGAAAGGAGAGCUCUGUGAAAAUGGAUCAUUCUACUUUGCCACUACACAGUUAGUUAACACCAGAUGUCUCCAGGGUGGUAAAGUAGCCUACUAUGAAAUGGAAUCACAAUACAGUGUUGAUAUCGAUGUAGACAUUGACUGGCCAAUUGCUGAACAAAGAGUAAAGAGGUAUGGUUACUAUGGCAAGAUCGAGGAAGUUAAGCUCCUCGUUUGUAACCUGAAUGAGCAACUUGUAAAAUUCCUGAACUCAAGCACGGUGAAUGCUUAUUUGCCUGGUAUUCCAGCACUUGAAACACUAAAGGGCAAAAAGCAGGUUUCGGUGAAGUUCUUUCCAAACACUGAUACGUCAAGUAAUGAUGGCGAGAAACAUAGUUCAGAUAAAGAAAUGAAGGAAUGUGCACAGAACAAACUCCGAACUGUGGAAAAUUUAGUGAAUAAGUUAGGCAUCACUUGGAAAAAUGUGGCUUGCUUCGGAAGCACUGAAUGUGAUCUUGAGUGUCUAAAGAAAGCUGAGGUUCGAGGUGCCUGUCAUAAUGCAGCGUCUUCUAUCUUGGAAGUAGCGAACUACAUCUGUACACACGAUACUGAAAUUAGAUCACUUGAGGAAUUUGUUCAACAUGUGCUGCUGCUCUUGGAAAAGCUUGAAAACAAGUCAUCCUAAAAGAAAUUCCCUAUAAAAUGAUGAUAUUUAAAUUAUUAAAAUAUUCCUAAACUAAAA